GCAGCAAUGUAGCGUGCAGCUCAUAGCGGCGUCAGGAUUGGCUGCUGUGCUGUAGCUGCUGCUGGUCCAGCACGGGGAAGGGAAGGAGGAAGCAGGAAGAAUGCGGGGCGGCCGGCACAGCCCUAAUCACAACCCCAGUAGACAAUAGGGCCCCAGCCCGUGUGCGUGUACGAGGAGGCGUGUCUGUUGUUGCCCGCCGUCUGUCACCGCCUCAGAACAGGACAGGUGCUUGCAAGACUAAUGUUCUACUUUUGGAGAAAAAGACGUUUUUGUUUUACCCUGAUGGCCCAAUGCUGAAGACAUGAUCGCUUUGUCUAAUCCAGCGGCAGACUUCUGCCAUAAGGAGAAUGCCAGCUUAAAUUCCUUCCCUGUCCUAAGCAAAGAAAAUGGAGGUUUGGAGCAAUCACUGACCCCGGUGAAGAAAACUCGAAGACAUUCUGAGAACCGCUCUAGAAGAAAUUCCUCAAGGCGGAGCAGGGACAGUCACAUAUCAAAUGGAGACGCGGCUGAAGCUGUUACACUGUUUGAGGUUGUCAGCAUUGGAAAGAAAGCCAUACAGUCUGUUGUGGAUGACUGGAUAGAAGCCUAUCAGAAUGACAGGGAUGCAGCUCUGCUUGAUCUUGUUAAUUUCUAUAUCCAGUGUUCAGGAUGUCAAGGGGUGGUAACAGCAGAGCUGUUUCAGAAUCCUAAGAACAGAGAAAUUAUGCAGAAACUGACUGAGGAGUUUGAUGAGGAAACCGGUUUGCAGUUUAAGAAGUUCAUGGCUUAUCCUUGGAUUUUAACUAUUACCUGGCCAGUUAAUAUGGACACUGAAGAUUACCCACUGAUCAGAUCGGGAACAUACUGGAAAAAAUUUCGGUCAAAUGUCUGUGAGUUCACGGCGGUGUUGGUUCAGCAGUGUCAGUACAGUGUCAUAUAUGAUGGCUAUCUUCUGAACACCAUUAUCUCUCUACUACUGGGACUGGCAGACUCCUGUGUUAGAGCAUUCCGACACACAAGUACGCUGUCAGCUGUAAAAUUGCUAACUGCACUUAUAAGAGUAAUACUAAAUCUGGAUAUCAGCAUAGAUAACUCGGAGAGACUAUAUAAGGUGGAAAAAGACAGAGUGUGUUUAAAAAGGACCAAUUUACGCCUAGAACAGCUUGACCAAAAAAGGAAAAAGCUGCAGCAAAAACAUCGUGAGGUAGAAGAUAUGAUGGAUGCACUAUUUAAAGGCACUUUUUUGCAACGGUAUCGGGAUGUGGUUCCUGAAAUCAGGGCAUUGUGCAUAGAAGAAAUGGGGAUAUGGAUGAAAACGUACCCACACGCUUAUUUGAAUGACAGUUGCUUAAAGUAUGUUGGUUGGAUGUUGUAUGAUAAGGUCCCGGAAGUGCGUCUAAAAAGUGUAAUUGCUCUACAAGGACUUUAUGAGAAAAAUCAUCUUGUUUCCAAAAUGGAUCUUUUUACAACACGGUUUAAGGAUCGUAUUGUGUCAAUGACCCUGGACAAAGACCACGAGGUGUCUGUCCAAGCUAUGAGGCUCCUCGUUCACAUGUCAAAGAACUGUGAGGAUCUGUUUACUGCUGAGGACUGUGAAACCUUGUACCAGUGUGUGUAUGCUACACACAGGCCACUGGCUGCAGCUGCUGGGGAAUUUCUGUAUAGAAGGCAUUUGAACCCAGUAACAAGAGAAAACAGAGAUGCACAGGAAACAGAAUGCUCUGAGGACAAUCUAACACAAUUGAAGAAUCUCUUAGAUUUCUUCCUUGAAAAUGAGAUGCACGAACAUGUGACAUAUCUAGUUGACAGUCUGUGGGAUUGCACACCUAGAUUUCUGAAAGACUGGCAAUGUAUGACGUCUAUCCUGCUGCAAGAUACCAGAGACUUGAGUGUGACUCAGGAAAACCUGCUGGUAGAACUCAUGUUGGCAACUGUCCGACAGGCCGUAGAAUGUCAUCCUCCUGUUGGCAGAGGAACAGCCAAAAAGGUUCUUUCAGCCAAGGAGAAGAAAGCACAAGUGGAAGACAGAGCAGGAAUUACUGAACAUUUCUUAGCGACCCUUCCCUUGCUCCUGGCAAAGUUUUCAGCAGACCCAGCUAAAGUGAUAAACCUUUUACAGAUACCUCAGUAUUUUAAUACAGAGGUUUACUCUGAAACACAUAUGGAAAGACACUUGGAAGCACUGGUGAAGCAGAUGAAGCACAUAACAUUGAGUCACUCAGAGCCGGAGGUGCUUGAGGCCUGUUCCAAGGCAUACAGCAGCCUGAGUGAAGAAAAUUUGGUAAAUCAGAACUGCAUCAAUCUCUCCAAAAGACAACUGAUUGAUCAUCUUGUCGAUACUUACAGCCAAAUGCUGGAUGAUAUUCUACAGGAGGGAGAGGAGCCCCUGACGGCAGAGGAUGUGCACCCUAUGUCAUGCACCUUGAGAAGGCUAGCAGCAUUUCACAACGCUCAUAACCUCUCUCAGUGGAAUCUCUAUCAGAAGACCUCUCCGCUCCUGUUGUUUGAUAUGGAGCGACAGUGCUUGCCAGAGCAGCUUGUGCUACCAGCUCUCCAGUGUAUGUAUUAUGCCAUUCUUUGGCAGCUGGUACCUACCACAGAUGAGACACACCCCAAGGAAGAGCUUGCUGUCCAUAUAACACGGGUGAAACACUUUUGUCAGUUGGGUAGGAAAUACCUGGAUCAUCGAGAUCAGGGUGUGAGAGAGCAGGCUUUCCUUUCGCUGUGUGACCUACUAAUGUUACUACAUAACAGAGGAGGGGGCACGCACUGCUGUGUGAAUUCAGAGCUGGAAUCAGAGCUACUGUCAUUUGUACAACGCCAUGUCUUCCAGGAUGAUGAAGAGAAAGGAAAAGCAAUAGCCGAGAAAGAUGAGGAAGUGAUGCUGGACGUUUUACACAGGAGAAGGAUGUUGCUAGCAGUUUAUUGCAAGCUGAUAGCUUCCAGUGUAGUGGAAAUGUCUGCAGUAACUGAGAUUUACAAGCAGUAUAUGAAGACCUACAAUGACUUUGGGGAUAUAAUUAAGGAAACCUUAAGUAGAACAAGACAGAACAACAGGAUAGAGAGUGCAAAAACUUUGGUGCUGUGUUUGAAACAGCUGUUUGUGGAGCACAGAGAAGCACAUGACAGUGCCACCCAGUCCUACUCGUCAUUCACUAACAUGAAGGAGUUGGCUCGUCGCUUUUCCCUAACGUUUGGCAUGGACCAUGUGAAAUGCAGAGAAUCUAUAGCUAUGAUGCACAAACAAGGCAUUGAGUUUGCCUUCAGAGAGCCAGCUACUGAGGUCAGUCUCCCCCCACCUAACCUGCCAUUCCUCAUCCUGAUCAGCGAGUUCUCCAGCAAACUCCUCAGAGCUGACAAGAGAUUGGUAUAUGGAUACCUGCAGAGAUUUGCUAAUGAGCAGAUGCUGCUUUAUAAAGGAAAAGAAUGGAACCCACUGGUUGUGUACAGCAAUUCCCUACUAGACGGCCAUGAUGAAGAGAGCUCUUCAUGCUGCAGCACUUUUACUAAGAACCAUUUGCUUUCCAACACCGCUCUUCAUAUAAAGAGAAAACCAGAACACAUUCCAGGAAGAGGCCCGGUGGAAAAAAGUACGUUUCAGGAACAGAACUCACAUUAUCCUGCUAAAAGCAAGAGACUGGAAACAUUUCAGGAGCAGACUUCAGAAGACAUUAUAUCAUUGAACAGCCAUCUACCUUCGAAGAAAGUGAAAUCUCAGAAUAUAGAUGAAAGCAAUGAAGAUGUGGAUGUUGAUGAAAUGGAUAUAGACAAAGAGAUUCCUAUUGGAACGAGAGGAACUGAAGAUACCUCAGACUAGAUUUUUGGCUGACCUCCCAGGUCACAGGCCUUUCUCUUGCCACCUCAUACAUAGAACUCCUGUAAAUACAGAUUACAUUGGAGACAGUGACCUCCAGGCCAGACUCGUGUCCGAUGCAUUUUUUGUAGCAUUUCUAUUUUUGAAUAAUCUAAAACCACCACAGAUGUAUGUGUAUUUCUGCAAUGUCUCAUGUUCCAGGUUCACUGUUGAGUUCAAAUGUACAUUUGUACUGUAACCAGACUAUAUACCUUUUACAAUAAAUACCUGUUUAACACAAAAAAUA